ACCGGUGUAGUGCUAUGGAUCCGAUGAACAGCGCUUGUCCCGGCGAGAAAGAGACCGAUUAUGGGCAGUUUCACGCUGCCACGUUAUCAGGAGCAGGACGCAACAGCAAGAAAGACCAGGAGAAACUGUCCACGGUCGUUAAGAGUGUCCAUCGAAAGCUGCGGCGAAAAUACCGAGAAGUGGGGGAUUUUGAGAAGAUCUGGCGGGAGCACUGUGAGGACGAGGAGACGCUGAGCGAGUACGCGGUGGCCAUGAAGAGCCUGGCCGACACCCACUGGGCCCGAGCCUGCGAGGGGGAGGGCCGCAUCGAGUGGUGCCGCAGUGUCUGUCAGGAGUACUUCUUGAACGGAGGGAUGAAAAAGGUUUUGGAGAAGGACGAGAAGCGAGCGAGGCUUUCCUCGUCCCCCCCCUGCGCCCCCCCGCAGCAGAACAACGGACCCCACAGGUUGAGUGUUCAGACAGGGAGAAUCCGUCUCCUGGACGUGGGGAGCUGUUUUAACCCUUUCCUCCAGUUUGAUGAGUUCCUGACUGUGGGUAUCGACAUUGUGCCUGCGGUCCAGACGGUGCAUAAGUGUGACUUCCUGAACCUGCAGUUGCAGCCCCCCCUGCAGCUGGAGUGCGGGGCGGUGGACUCCUUCCUGCUGCACCUGCGCAGCCCCAUCGACGCCCUGCCGGCUCAGCUCUUCCACGUGGCCGUCUUCUCCCUGCUGCUCUCCUACUUCCCCUCGCCCUACCAGCGCUGGAUCUGCUGCAAGAAGGCCCACGAGCUGCUGGCCCUGCACGGCCUGCUGCUCAUCAUCACGCCCGACUCCUCGCACCAGAACCGGCACGCGCCCAUGAUGGCCAGCUGGAGGGUCGCCGUGGAGACGCUGGGCUUCAAGCGCUACAAGUACGUCAAGGCCUCGCACAUGCACCUGCUGGCCUUCCGGAAGGUGUCGCUGCAGACCGGGAGCGACCUGGUGAGCGGGAACUACCCGGAGAUGAUGUACAUCCCGCAGGACCUGGCGGGGCCCGAGGGGGAGAGCUGGGACCCGCCCGCCCCGCCCCGCUCCGAGGACGAGGACGAGAGGCUGGCCUGCGGGUUCCUGGAGCUGCCCGACGGCCCCUACGACUCCGACUCCGACAGCCAGGAGAGAGAGGAGGCCCUACUGCUGCACGGCUGAGCCUGGACACACACACACACACACACACAUACUCAUUCACACUCACACACACACUCACUAACACACUCUCACAAACAUACUCACACACUCUCUCACACACACACACACACACACACACUCACUAACACACUCUCACUCACACUCACUAACACACACUCUCACACACACACACUCACUCACACACACUCACACACACACACACUCACUCACACACACACUCACACACACACUCACAUACACACACAUUCAUUCACCUAUGCGCACAAGCGCCAUCGCAUGCACGCACACACAUAUACUGCGCAUACACAUGUCAACGCGCGCUCAUCUGUAUGCACACACACACACACACACACACACACACAGGCCUCUAUUCCAGCUGCCUCCUCACCGCGCCACGCCCUCUUCCUCUCACAGAAAAAGCGCCGCAGUUUGCACAGAGAGAAAGAGACGUCAACACAAGCGUGGUGUGUUUGUCUGUAACCCAUGGUAACGCGCCCGCUCAAACUCUCACACGUACCUGCUCAUGAAGGCGGCCCAGCAAACCCGAAGGUUCGCAUCUUCAGAAUGAGUUCAUCUUCGUUCAUCUUAUCCUUUCUUUUAACCUGUUACAUUUUCAGAAACCCUGAUAGAAAACUCUGAUAGAGAACCCUGAUGGAGUUCUUUGUGAAGCAGAAAUUACUCCGUUUUUUAAGGAUUCGGGCAAAGAAACCAGAACUUGGGGCGGCCUGCGGACGUGAGGGGCCCCUGUCUCACCCCCUCUGAGUGGGGGCCACACGCAUUCCGGGCCCCUGCGUUCACUUUCCAGCAACGCUUUGUCGGCCAUUUUGAAGGCACGGCCGCCAUCUUAAUCUGACACCUUUCUGGCUAACAAAGAUAUGCAGAGCUUUUAAAAAAACAAACAAAAAAACACCAUCGUUUGUAACAUUUUACACUUUUUUCAUAAUCGAAACAAAAGAUGAGAAAAUUGGUUUUGUGGAGAAUAAGAUUUUCACAAGAAUAAGGUUUUCUUUCUUUUUGAUAAUCGUAAACAUAUCAGCAUACUCGUAACGUGAGGCGUUCCAACUGCUAACCAUCCUCUGUUUCUCAGGUGGUUUCAUCAUAGAUGUGUACCCACAUAACAGAUACAGUAGAACAUAGAAAUGUUUCUGUUCUUAUUCCUCUCCUGCAGAACAGUUAAUCUGCAAAUUGAUACAAUUAAAUAUGAAAUAUUGUGCACUGGAACCAUCUUCAUACUAAUAUGGACACUUCAUCCAGAGUCGUUCAUCCAGAUCUGGGUCUUCAUCUUGACACAGUGGGGCCUCUCAGCCAAAAUGUACUCUUCGUCGCAAAUGUUUUUUACGAUGCCUUUGUGUCAGGCUGUCAGUGUUUUUUUUUGCAUUUCUUUGGAAUAUUUUUACCUCAGUGAGGUUUUUGCACUAAUAUCUUGUCCAGACUCUGUUCUGACUGCAUCUCUGCAAUAGCUUGUUGUGUCCCUACUAAGUACUGUAUAUUAACAUUGUAGAAAAACGGUUAGUUAUUCUUAACACUAGAGAAAUAGUUAACGUCAAACUUCUUUAUUGCAAUAUUUCCCUGAAAGAAAUGUGUGUGCGUAUGUGUAAUACUCUGUCUCUGAUAUUUUAUUAAUUGUUUUGUCUUCUGACACUCAGAUGAUACCAGAAAUAAUAAAAAUGAGCUUUUGCUCUGCGUAACGUACAGUACAGUACAGUACAGUACAGUAGAAGAAGUUGUCCGGUAUUACACUGAUAUUAUUACUCAUAUCUGAUAUUAGUGUGCUGUAGUCAUGGGGUCCUUGUUGUUAUCCGUUUGGGUCACUCCAGAAGGUGCCUUAUGUGUCAGUAUAUUCCUUCAGGAGGCCAAUGUGAAGCAGAAUAACAGCCAGAUUUGCCAAAUAUAACUUGCAGGCAUGAGUAGGCCCCAUGAUUUGCCACACCUGGUCAAAACAUUUCUAAAUAAAAGUCAUUUGGACGAUGGAAGACCACCCAAUUAGGAAAGAUAAUAAAGUAAUUGUAAUGUAACACCUCAGGAAUGAGGAUGCUUUCUAUGUAUGUGGGAAAGCAAAGCAGUGUUUUUACAGUGUUGUGUGUUCGCAGAAAGGGUUGCUAAACGCUGACACACAUUUCCGUAUGUAAUUCGUAUGUUUGGCUCACCGUCUGACGUCAUAACUGACUGUGUUUCUGCGUGUGCGCCAUUUUAGCUUCUAUACUGUAGGGCAACGAGGUGUGCUUGUUCAAUGUUUCUUCUUUUGAUAAACAAAUGUGAACACGA